AUGAGCAUGGUAAAGAGCCUAGAGCGGCUGGAGCAGCGGCUGGCUGUGAUGGUGGCUGCCCAGGAGACUUCUCAGGCCUGGUCUUCACUGGGAGAGGAGGGGCCGGCGACCAUGAAAAAGGACAAGAGCCAUGGCCGGGAUGAGGCAGACUGCAGGGCAGAGCUGAUCCUCAUCAACGGGGACUGCACCGAUCCUCCUAACGAUGAACCUGCCCUUCUUCUGGAGGCGAAUGGGAAGCCCAGCACUCCAGAUGCUGGGGGCCUGGGGCUGCCGUCCCUGAAGAACAACAAGAAGGUGAGCAAGGGAGAGCUCUCCAAGGAGGACCUGUCCUGGCCGCUCGCUCUCACGGGGGCACAGGAGGUGCGGCCCCGGGGCAGCGCUGGUUGGGAGAGCAGCCUCAGGCAGAAGCCCCCCGUCCGCCUCAUCUUCCAGGCAGGGCAGACCCGGCACGAGAUGAAGAUCAAGGAAACAAACAGCGUGGAGACUCUCAGGGACCUACCAGCUCCCCUGCGGAGCUCCAAGCGGCGCUCGGCCCCAUCCAUCCCCAUGACCACCAUCGACCUGACGGAGGAGGACUCCCGGGACUCGUCCCGCAGCAGCAGCACGCUCUCCGGCAGCAGCUCCCAGGAGGGCCAGAACGGCUCCACCGAGCUGGGGGCCGAGGAGCCGGAGAGCAGAGACAUGGGGAUGGCACUGGAGUACCAGGACGGGAAGGAAUUUGGAAUUGGGGAGCUCGUCUGGGGAAAGAUCAAAGGUUUCUCCUGGUGGCCUGCGAUCGUCGUCUCCUACAGAGCCACGGCCAAGCGCCAGGCUGUCUCAGGCAUGCGGUGGGUGCAGUGGUUCGGAGACGGGAAAUUCUCCGAGGUUUCUGCAGACAAGCUGGUGGGACUGAUGGCCUUUAGGCAGCAUUUCAAUUCUUCCACAUUUAAUAAGCUGGUCUCCUACCGACGAGCCAUAUACCAUGCCCUGGAGGUUGCCCGGAGCCGGUCGGGGAAGACGUUUACAGCCGCCCCUGGGGAGUCCCUGGAGGAGCAGCUGAAGCCCAUGAUCGACUGGGCGCUCACCGGCUUCAAACCCUUGGGCUUCAAGGGACUGAGACCACCCAAAGCCUCGGAGAACGGGGCCCUGAGGAAUGGGACGGAGGAGGUGCUGUCCCUCGAGCAGUGCCCCCCCACCAAGAGGCUGAAGACCAACCCCUGCAACAGCAGCAAGGAGCAGCGAGUGGAAGAGGACCAGACCCGAGAGCAAAUGGUUUCCGAAGUUACGAACAACAGCGGGAGUCUCGAAGACAGCUGUUUGUCCUGCGGGAGGAGAAACCCGGCCACCUUUCAUCCGCUGUUUGAGGGGGGCCUCUGCCAGACGUGCAGGGAUAGAUUCCUGGAGCUCUUCUACAUGUACGACGAGGACGGCUACCAGUCUUACUGCACUGUCUGCUGCGAAGGCAAGGAGCUGCUGCUCUGCAGCAACGCCAGCUGCUGCAGGUGCUUCUGUGUGGAGUGUCUGGAGGUGCUGGUGGGGCGAGGGACGUCGGCCAAGGCAAAAGAGCAGGAGCCCUGGAACUGCUACAUGUGCCAGCCUCAGAGGAGCUACGGGGUGCUACAGCGCCGGCAGGACUGGAACACCCGUCUGCAGGACUUCUUCACCAGUGACAAGGGACAGGAAUACGCUGCACCCAAAAUCUACCCAACGGUCCCACCAGCGAAGAGGAGACCCAUUCGAGUGCUUUCUUUAUUUGAUGGCAUAGCAACAGGAUACCUGGUGCUGAAGGACUUGGGCAUCCAAGUGGAGAAGUACAUUGCCUCGGAGAUCUGCGAAGACCCCAUUGCUGUGGGCACCACACGGCAGGAGGGCAACAUCACCUAUGUGCACGAUGUCAGGAACAUAACCAAGAGAAAUAUUGAGGAGUGGGGUCCUUUUGACCUGGUGAUCGGUGGAAGCCCCUGUAACGACCUCUCCCUUGUCAAUCCAGCCAGGAAGGGGCUGUAUGGUAAGGCUGCUUUGCCUCUGCAGGCUGCAAAUCAUCCAUCUGCGAAGCACAGGCUGUCUCCAUGCCAUCACGGUGUGGAGGGCAGCCAGGUCUCCGGACUCAUGCCCCCCGUGCCGCAGCUGGUCCCAACCUCUUGCCAGUCCCAACCCACCACUCUGGCUUUCUCCCUUGUAGAAGGAACCGGGAGGCUGUUCUUUGAAUUUUACCACCUGCUCAACUACGCCCGUCCCAAGGCGGGAGAGGAGCGCCCCUUCUUUUGGAUGUUCGAGAACAUGGUGGCCAUGAGGGUCAACGACAAGAGGGACAUUUCUCGGUUUCUGGAGUGUAACCCAGUUAUGAUUGAUGCUAUCAAGAUAUCAGCUGCCCACCGAGCACGCUAUUUCUGGGGCAACCUUCCAGGCAUGAACAGGAUCUUUGGCUUCCCCCUCCACUACACGGAUGUCUCCAACAUCGGCCGCGGGGCUCGCCAGAAGCUGCUGGGGAGAUCAUGGAGCGUCCCCGUCAUCCGGCACCUCUUUUCCCCACUCAAGGAUUACUUUGCCUGCGAAUAG